CUGGGUGGCUUCCCUCAUGCAAUAGGAAAGUUUUCAACAAUCCUGCAGAUUAGAGUUUCCUCCUAUUGGAGGAAGACGAGGUGCCCAGAGACCACUUACCGGGCAUUUCAGUUCACUGUAGGUCGCUUCCAACAGCAUAACGUUUGGAUUUUCGCUUGUUUUGUUUACCCUUCGAAAGCAGCUGCUAUGGAAUAGCAACAGCAUCAUUUGCCUACGAAUCAUUCGACUACAUUGUACAGCAACUAUUUGAUUGGAAGUGGAUUGUUUAAAGUGCACUACGUUCAACUGAAGGGACGUGUUUGAAUAGUGAAUGUUUACUGAUCGGUGGUGCUGCUGUUACGAGGCGUAGUGCAAUAAGAUGAAAUCGCCCCACGAAUGGUUCUACGAGAUCAAGCAGAGUGAAAAAGAACCGAUCCGAUUGUCCGACAUUGACAAUCUGCUAGAGGACAGCAUAUUCACCUCGUCCAAUGGCGCCAAACUUGCCGACUACCUUAGGAAGAAACGAGGAACAGGCGGUCGCGUACGGCUGCAAAAUAUAUUUGAACAAGUGGCAGCGAACAUCCCUAAACCCAUAUUCCACUUCGACAUGGAGUCUUCCGAUCCUAAUCCGCUGCCGGAGUCACCACAGCAGCCUGCUGCUGAUACCAAUGUUGCUGCUGAACCGGCACCGAUAGCGAGCACCAGUGCACCGGUACAGAAUGGAAACGUUGCGGUCGAACCGAUUUCCGCGAAACCGGGUGACCCUGCACUGUCUCCGAGGGUGGUCCUUCAGGAUUUAAAGCUCGCGUCUACAAAAUCUGGCAGUAAGUCCUCUGACUCAGGCGUCAGUAACCUGAACCGCCAAGCACUGUUGAAUCAGUACCAUCGAACAAAUAUGGCGAAAUGCGAACUGCUCAGGCAGAUCACGUCCAGUACCCCUAAACCGGAAGCGGGCUCUUCGCAGACUCUUAUAUCCGCGUUCACUACUUCGAUCUCACCUAUCAUGGAAGCGAGUUCGCCACGAAUUUCAGAAUCUGACCGUGUAGGUUCACAAGCAGCACCACCACUGGAGAUGCCAGUGCCGGAACCAGUGGUCUUGCUGCAAGUCCCAGCAGCACCGGUUUUACCUAUCGAUACAGUUCUCCCACCACAAAUACUUGCUCCCUGUUCACAAGCUCCUAUAGAAGCAACAACGAAGAAAGUGGUAGUCGUCAGCACACCAGCAGUGCCUGCUCCGCCGUCACCUAAAAUGAUUAUUCCGGAAACACCUAGUCCAGUCAAAGAAUUAGGAGAAUCUCCCAAAGUUGCUCAUCAAAUUAUACCAAGGAGGCUUAGCGUCACUUUCAAAAAUUUGCCGGAUAAAGAGGCAAAUGAUACAAACGAAAUUAUAACACCUGAUACAAGUCAACCGAUAGAAGAGGAACAACUGGUGGAAGAGAAACAACUGGUGGUAGAGGAACAACUGGUGGAAGAAGAACAACUGGUGGAAGAGGAACAGCUGGUGGAAGUGGAACAACCGGUGGAAGAGGAACAGCUGCUGGAAGAGGAACAACCGGUGGAACAUGAACAACCGGCGGAACAGGCACAACCGGUGGAACAGGAACAGUCGAGGGAAGAGGAACAGCUAGUGAAUCAAGAACAAUCGGAAGAAGAAGAAGAACCGGUGAACCACGAAGAGUCGAUAGGUUAUGAACAGCCAUCGCUACCACAUCAAAACGCAGCGGCUAGUUUUAUAACUAAGAGCAUACUAAAGGAUUCAUUUUCGGCGUCCCAGAAAAAGCGCCAUUCAUUUCGAGUGUCAUUUUCCCAGCAACUGGUGCAGCAACGGGAGAUUUCACCAGCACCAUCUAUCCCGGAAGCGCACUAUUCAAGUUCUUCUGACGACAGUUCGGACUUGAGUGACGAUGAGGACUUCGAGGAUUGCGAGUAUCAAGUGGUAGACGAGGUAUACAGCGAUGACGGAGAGUGCGAUCCUCACGAUAUCGAAGAAAACUACAACGAGCUUGUCCGGGAUGACGAGUUGGAAAAGCGACUGACUGAAAUUCACGAACGAAUACCAUCGCCACUGAUAAAUGUGAUCGACGAAGCACCGGUGCAGUGGUACGAGACUAGGACCCCUCGAAUUCACAAGGAAAAUGCGGAUAAACUAUUGGCACCUGUGACCUGUACCAAGGACAAUAAGACCGAUCUUCAGUUGGUAGAUAUCAUCACAGACUGGGACGAUGAGGAUGACGACGAAGAUGGAGAAAGAGAAGAUCAGGAACCGUCGCCAGUUAAAGAAUCACAACCGUCACUCAUCGAUAUUCCCGAGACCCAACCGUCUACUAAUGUAACCAUCUGCAAUCCAACGGACAUCUCCGAUAUGGAAGACUCAGCGGAACGAUUGGUAGAGCUCCCGCCACCACAGACAACCAUCAAUGGCACAAUGGAAGGAAAUCUUGACGUCUCGCCCGCUAGAGUACUCACGCCCCCAACACAGUUUACCGAUUCGGCCAAGUGUCGUUUCCUACGGGAGAACGAAGAUGCCUUGAUUUCACGGCUACAGAAUGAACUACCUACUCCCAGUCAGCAGCCGCCUUCUCCUCCCGAUACCCCGGAGCGUGUGUCGGGAACUUUGAUGGAAAUUGCCAAGUCAUUCCGAGAUCAGCCUCCUCCGCCGAUGGUGACUGCGGCAUCCAGAAAAACUUUAAUUCCCGUUAAAAAGACACGCCGUCAGAAGGCUGUCGUUGAUCCAGCAACCAAUCCAUACUUUGAUACUGUUGUGAAGCCUUUUGCACCACAUACGGCUAAACAGACUAAAAGUAAACAGCUCACGACGGCACAGAAGCGGAAACUAUACGCCUCGUCAAAUAUAGGUGAUAAACCUGUGCAACUCAACGGUGUUGAGGGAUCGUCUGCAGUGUUGCGAAACAUUAAGAUCAUUGUCCAGAAGCUAAAGGUGGAUAAUUAUCCAGAGAAGUUGACCGAUUCGGACAGGGCGGCGAUAGAAAAGGCCAAUAAUAAACCCAACGAGCUGCAAUCCAACACUGUUCUUGCGAAGGGCACGAGAGAGAAGGCAGACGAGCAAACGGAAGUCGGAAGCAAUUGUCGGGAACAACUAACAAAAGCAGCAGCUAAUGAACAGCUAGACAAAUGUUUUUCUGAUUCCCAAUCAGAUAAUUCUGAACCAGCUUUUGCCGGUUUUGAUGAGCGCACAGAUUUGGGACGACAACCAGAAUUAUUGAGGAAAUCUGCAGACAAUGAUACUGAUGUGCUUUCCAUUAUCGACAAAGAUAAAGUACUGGAAACGGAGAACAACAUGGAGACGGAACAGAAUCGGACGCAGAACGCACCACCAAGCCCUGAAGUUAGAAGUAAAAAAGUCCUCAAAAAGAAGAUAAAGACGAAAACUAAAGCGUUGAGCAAUCCAGGUAAGAAGAUUGUUAAAACACCUGUGGAAAAGGUCGACAAGCUUUCGAAUGAAAGGUUGAAUUCAAACCAGGAGCAAGACCCAAUAGACAUGGAGGUUGAAGCUGGAAGAGCCGUCACGAAUACGAAAAAUAAUCCAGCAGAGAAGAUUGCUGAACCAACUGUGGUAGACAGGGCCGAUGAGCAUCCGGAUGCAAGACUGACACCAAUCGAUGCACAAGAUCCACCAGUCGCGGGAAGCAAAAUCGGCAGGAGUAAGAAACAUCCGAACACUGAUGAACCGGACAACGAUCCAACUGAAAAGAUUGUUGAACCAAUCUCAGAGAGGAGCGAUGAACAUUCGGAUGAAAGGUUGAAUCCCGACGGAGUAGAAGAUCUGCAGCUAGCCAGCUUACCGGAGAUGCCGAGUAAGGAAACCGCAGACCCGAACCAUGAAGAGGAACAGGUAAUCUCCCGGACGCCGUUAGAAACGGUAGACGUACUUCCACUACAAACUCAGCCGAAAAAGCGAGGACGACCACGCAAGCAAGUUAAUCCAGCUGUCCAACCGGCAGCAGUUCAAACCGGACCAAAAGCAAACAGUAAGAAAGUUGUUCACCAAUCUAAUGAAGCAAACAAUGUUGAAGCUGGAGAGGACUCGCUCUCGGAUUUCCAUAAAGACGCACAUCCGUUGCCGUUAAAAAAACGCAAAGGGCGGAUAUAUUCCGACGGCAACCCCCCCACACUGGAACCCUUUGGUGGAGCAACGCAUCUGGAAUGUAACGACAACAUACCACCGUUACUUGAGCCUAAUGAUCGUGUUCUGAGUACCAGCAAGCGGCGGAAGGAACAGAAUGCUCGUGAUUAUCACGAAAAGUACACUACGGAGAAACCGGAAAAGAAGUUACCAAGAUUCUACCAGGAUAUAGAUGAUGAUAAUGAUGAAACUUGGGUACCGAAUAAAAAAUCUCUGAAGGAUAGCUACAACCAACAGCUGCGCAAGAAAGUGGACACCGUUGCUAGCCCUCGAAAUAUACGGAGAGUUGAAAGUGACGAAGAAGCGGAGGUACGCCGCAGCAAGCGAACUCGUCGACUAGCCGAUAUGGUUAUCAAGCGAAAUCCCAACUUGAAAUCCGCCUACGAGAAGCCUAACUAUCGGCAGUUGACGGAUGAGGAAUUCAUGGAACUAACACGAGAAGCCAAGAAACAUGCAGAAGAACAAAAUCAGAAGAGAGUAACAAAGCCCAAAAGCCGCAAGCGAAUGCAGGUAGAUCCGCAAGAGCCAACGGCAUCGAAGAGGAAUCGAUCUGACGAUACGGUGGUGUUGAUUACGGACGACGUGCAACCGCCGAUUGAUCCUAGUCCCAGCACAACCAACAGCGACAGGACUUCGUCAACAGAAAAGAUGCAAGCCUUCAGCUGGAUGAUUAAGCUUAUGCAGACGAACGGCGUACAGUCUGCAGGCCUGGAGAAUACAGGGCUGAUUGUCGGGGGCCAAUACAUGCACUACUCACAGGAGCAUCUUUCCUACCGCGAGCGUAACGGAAUUCAGUAUUCAUUUUAUCUUCAUUCCGAUACCGAGAACUAUGGCUUCCUGCGGUUCGCUCCCUCGGCUGUUAAAAAACUAACCAAAACGGCAAAAUUCUUGCUGAAAUUCCUGAUCCUCGAGGGCAAUCUCUCUUUCCAACUUAACGGCCAGAAAAUCCAAGUAAAAGGUGGUGAUUUUCUGAUACUACCAGAAUAUUCAACAUACGCCAUCGAAAACGACAAGCACGUUUCCCUCAUCUUUAUGAUCAAACUAUGUCCGUCGCUGUGUGAAGCCUGAAAAACCCGUACCUAUAGUAAGUUAAUUUUAGCAUCAUUUUCUUUCUGCUAUUGUUAUUUAAUAGAAUGAUUGUGAAAUUUUACUUUAAUGCCUUUUUUGUUUUUAAGUUGUACCCAUGCAAUCAGUACAGCGCUGUGUGCAUACAAUCUUCGUAGGGACUAGCAAGCAAAAGUUUUCUAAAUAUACAUUUUAGUUUUCAUUCCAUUGCUGUGCUCACUCAAUGACGGUAGGACGAAAAGAAAAACAUG